UCAUCAAAAAUGGCAGGAGAGGAAACAAAAAAAUUUCUUGGGCUUCUAAAUGGCCUUGCCAAACGAAUUUACUAUGGAGAAUCUGACAUUACUGAUGAUUUCCUAAAGGCAGAGUUAUACCCCAAUCUGUCAGAAGAAGAAUUCAGGCUCCAAACUGCAAAAUGUCAACGUUUGAUAAAGACUAUGGCGUCUUCAGAUAUGGACUUUGACAAGUUAGAAGCAUUCUUGAUAUCACAGACGAAGAAGCGAGACGGUGCUAUCACUGAGGAAGAAGCCAAAGUUUUCUCAAAAUUCUGGAGAAAUCACAAAACUAAAAUACACGAUACAUUAAUUGCUGCUACAAGUUGGAACAAUAGUCUUAAGAGCGUGAAUUGGCGAAUUGAUGUGAAAAGUCAGUCAAAGAACAUUGAUCAAUUAAACAUACCCACUGCCAUUAUGGAAUUCCAAGUUACUGAGGGGCUGGACAAAGCUAAGGAACCUGAAGUGGUGCUUUUCGAGAUGGACGAAGAGAAACUGACAAACGUGCUGUCGAAUAUGCAGGAAAUUGAAAAACAGAUCAAUGCCUAUUGUAAUCAGUGACAAUCACAAAACAUGGAGCAAAUUUCCAUUUAUUCAAAUCGAGUGGAUUUCUCAGGGAAUGCAGCUUGAUUGUUGUGACAUUGAUUGAGCUCUGCAUAAAGGUAUUGGCUCAUCCACAACGGCAGACAAGAUGAUUAACUCUGCAGAUUCCUGUUGAUAAUUUUAAAAAAUCUUUCAAUCUACCCGGUAGAUGAUAGUGAGGUUCAUGAUUUGCAUUUGUACUACCAGUACUGUGAUGACAUUCCAAUGAAAAAAUGGGAAAUUUAUUGUAACAAUCUGAUGACAGUGGUCCCCCUAAUUGCCUAAAAGAGUAAUAAUGAUAGAGUCUGAAGUUUCAAGAGAACCUUACCAUCCGUGUCUGCACUUGUAAGAGAAUUAUAGGUUUGUAUGUCAACAUAAUAUGUUGAUUUUAAACCAGUGUUAGAACUUAAAUGCCAGAGUUUAUCCAGGUGUUGGAAGUAAACACAAAAAUCCUGUUGUAAUCCUAUUGCUUACCUGUGUAAGGUGUUUAUUGUUAUAACUUUAGAAAGAGGUGUAUUCAUAAUAAAAUAGAUCAGUCAUAUGC